GAAAGAGUGGAAGUGUGUGUUCAAUCAGCAUUAGGACUGUAGACCUUAUGAUGAUGAUAAUGAUGAAAUGUAAUAAACAUAUUGGAGCCAGCUUUAUUUAAACAUAGGUAUUAAUUUAUUUUUGCAAACCAGUAAAGGAUCCUCUACCUGAUUCUUUAAAUGACACGCAGUUUACUAUUCACUGCGACACAUCACAACUCCUAAACGUUCAAUUAAUCGUUACGCUGCUUACUUAGUUAUCUAUAGCGGCGUUACAGUUGGUCAGAAUUUUCAAAUUGUGAUAUCUAUUUAACUAAUGGAUAAAAGAAUGUGUCUGAUAGUGAACAGGUAUAAAUUAUUUAUAGACACUUAGAAAUGUAUUAAAAUUCUUAAACGAUGAUUGGUUAUACAUAGAUAUUUAAAACUCCCAAAGGAAUACCUACUUCCAUGAUUAUAAAAACGAUUUACGAAGUAUAUUUAGGCAUCGUUAAGUAACUAACUAGUAGAUAUUUGUUUUUUGCUGCAUUCGAUCGCGUAGUUUGUUAAUAACAAUAGACGCUUGAUCAGUUUACAAAAUAAACUUAUCCACCUUGCAUAUGAAUGUAAUUUAGCAGUUUACCUUUCACAAAUAAGAAAAAAUUGAUCGCAAUAACAAACGGUAUAGAUUUGUGGUUGACACGGUCAACACGAUGCCGUUAACUACUGCUAAAUCAAUUGUUUAUCUGCUUCAUGCUGGGUCUAAAUGGUUGUGUGUCAUGCUGGGUGUAUGUACAUCCACUUGGACGCCUUCAGGAAGUAUUCCAAGUCACACUGGAGGGGGAAUAAGCGAAGUUUUUCAAUGGUCUCAGUUAGAGUUCGAUUAUCCUUCAGAACGAGAUAGGCAACAGGAUAUCGCGAGUGGAAUUUUCGAACCGGGACAUCCCACACCCAUUGACGUAGAUGUCUAUUAUGGACCUCGAGAGGAACUAAACAAAGUAUUUAUCACCAUACCUCGUGCUCAGAAAGGAAUCCCUGUAACACUCGGUACAAUCACUAAAAAAUACAGCACCGAUGGAAAUCCCAUUAUUAAACCAUAUCCUUCUUGGAAAUGGCAGAGAAAUCCUCAUAGGUGCCAACGUGACAGAAUUGUAUCAGUAUAUAGGAUUCAGAUUGACGAAUGCGGUAGGCUAUGGGUACUUGAUACAGGGCGCAUAGAGGACGACCAGAUUUGCCUUGCACAAAUAUUGGCAUUUGAUUUGCAAACAGAUACAUUACUAUACAGAUACGAAAUACCCUCUAGUCAGUUAGAAGACAGAUCAAUUUUGGUAACUCCAAUUGUAGAUGUCCGAGAUGACAAAUGUAAGGAUACUUUCGUAUAUGUCGCAGAUUGUCAAACAUUUUCCAUCAUUGUUUACAACCCGCGAUUGGGAGUUUCAUGGAAAGCGACUGACAAGACAAUGUACCCUUAUCCUAACUUUGGAACCUACGAUAUUCAAGGAAAUAGCUUCGACUUAAUGGAUGGAGUAUUGGGCAUGGCUCUUUCACCUUACAAGCCCGGAAGUGACAGGAAACUUUUCUAUCACGCCAUGUCCAGUGGAACAGAGAACUUUGUUUACACAUCAGAUAUCAGAAAUCAUACCAGGUUUUACAGCGAUCCUGAAUCAUCCCCAGAAAUAUUCAGUGUGUACAAAGGAACAAGGCCAUCUCAAAGCGCAGCCGAAGCCAUCGACAAAGACGGAAUUGCAUACUUUGGUUUAAUGCACGAAACAACAUUAAAUUGUUGGAAUACUGCUACUGAAUAUGGUCCGGAAAAUAUAGACACAAUUUCUUAUAACCCGAAGACACUGCAGUUUAUCAGUGGGAUUAAAGUAAUUACCAAUCCUUUACUAGGUUAUCAAGAAUUGUGGUUCAUUUCAAACAGAUUUCAAAAAGUUGCAACAGACACAUUGUCGACGUACGAGAUAAACUUCAGAAUCCAGACAGCACGUGUCGACGACGUAUUAAAAGGAACUAAAUGCAAAACGUGGUCAUCUUCAAAUUAUUACCCUUCUACAACAGUACAGGGUAGUUACGGCUUGUAUAAGCCCCGUGGUUCUUCCAAAUCUCUGCCAUUACGUGUAAAUAACCAAAACGGUGAUUCAUUGGUAUUUGUUAACUAAUCGUUACUUACUUACUUAUAGUAUAUAACCAUAUGAGUACUAUUUUUCACGAGUCAAGACAGACAUGUCAGUAAUUCAAUGUAGCCAACUUAAUUUUUGAUUCUUAUUAGACUCCACUCCACUCUUUUGUACUGUAUAUGGAAGCGUACGGUUGGCAAUACUGAAUCUCAUCAAAAGAAUAUGAAACUAAAUUCUAAAUCGAUUUAUAAGCAUAUGCAUGUAUAAUACUUGACUCGUAAGUAAAAUAAAGUAUGUAAUUUGAUAGUAAUAUUAAGGUAAUAAUAAUAAUUCAUGAGAAUAAAAGCGCCAUAUAGUUUUUAGGUACAUAACUGAUUUCGUUGUCUAUUGUACAUAUCUUAUAAUUUCACUUGUUGCGAACGCUUCUAUUUAUUAAAUUUUGCUUGCUAGUCGUUAUUGUCACAUUGAACUAGUCUGUGUAUAAGUAAAUGAGAAUAAUUAGAUGAAUUAUUGGUGAAUCUUUUACAAUUCGUACCUACAUAUGGUGAUGUCAUAUAAAAAUUGAUAGAUAAUUUGUAAGAUAGUUUAGAUGCAUUGUACAUGUAAAACUUAAUGCAAAAUAAAUAGUCAAGAAA